GCAGCGGCGGUGGGAGGAGUGGGGGACCUGGAGGGAGGUGGUGAAAUAGAAUGGUCCUGGGGGACGGGACUCCAGGGGUUUGACGAUUGGGCGUCAAGACUGACUUAGACCUGGGAAGAAAACCAGAGGCAGUCGAGCAGAGAGGCCAAACGCCAGGCAGGGCGAAGUCAGCCGGAGAUGGACUGGAAACUGGAGCGCACCGCGCCUCGGAGGGUCCGCACGGAAGAGGAGGUGCUGUGGGAAAGUAUCAUGCGUGUGCUCUCCAAAGACUUGAAGCAGAAGAGAAGUCAAGACUCCGCCAACGUACUCGAUUCAGUUAAUGCUACGUAUUCUGACUUUAAGAGCAACUUUGCGAAGAGGCUGUCUGCAGAGGUUCCUGUUGCGAGUAGCCCCAUUACCACAAGGUGGCAGCAAAGUCAAACUAGGGCUCUGUCCUCUGAUUCCUUUGGGGAAGAGCAGUCAACCACCUACCUCCCAGAAGCUUCCGGAUCAGUGCUGAAGACACCGCCUGAGAAAGAGACCUUGACUCUAGAAUCCUGCAAAGAACAACUGAAGACCCCCAGCAAAGGAAUUUCUGAAACAAGUAACUCUGCUCUCCGUUUUUGCAAGGCACCUCAUGCAAUGGACAGAGACUGGAAAGAAAGUGUUGCCUCAAAAGGGCAGAAAUGCCUAAAACAACUCUUUGUAACCCAGAACGUGGUUCAGCAGGCUAAUGGAAAAAUGCAGCUCUGUGAGCAAUCCCAAUGUGUUUGGAAAGGCUGCAAAGAUGGAGUCAGAGAUGAAUCCUUCCAUCUUAAAAGGUCUGGUGAUAUAAACGAUUCCAUACUCCAACCAGAGGUGAAGAUUCAUAUUACUGGUCUUCGAAAUGACUACUAUCUGAAUAUCCUAGAUUGGAGUUUUCAGAAUCUUGUUGCCAUAGCCCUGGGCUCUGCUGUAUACAUCUGGAAUGGGGAGAACGACAAUGGGAUUGAAAACAUAGACUUAAGUCUCACUUGUAACUAUAUCUCUUCUGUGUCCUGGAUAAAAGAGGGAACUUGCCUGGCAGUUGGCACCAGCGAGGGAGAAGUGCAAUUAUGGGAUGUGGUAACUAAAAAGCGGCUGAGAAAUAUGCUUGGUCAUUUGUCAGUAGUUGGGGCUCUGAGCUGGAAUCACUUUAUCCUCAGCAGUGGGUCAAGACUGGGGCGUGUUUAUCAUCACGAUGUUCGGGUAGCCCAGCAUCAUGUUGGAACACUUCGCCACAAGCAAGCUGUGUGUGCUCUGAAGUGGUCACCGGAUGGCAGGCUGCUUUCCAGUGGCUGCAGUGAUGGACUGCUGACAAUAUGGCCCCACGAUCCAGGUGCCAGUGCACAGGGCCAGCCGCUGAAAGUCAUACCCCAGUCUACAGCAGUCAAGAUUUGUUCCUUAAUCUGGCUACCUAAGACAAAGGAGAUUGCAACUGGCCAAGGUACUCCCAAGAAUGAUGUGACUGUGUGGACCUGUCCCACUGUGUCCAGGUCAGGUGGGUUUUUUGGCCACAGGGGCAGAGUGCUGCACCUGGCUUUGAGUCCAGACCAGACCCGGGUGUUUUCUGCUGCAGCUGAUGGGACGGCCUCUGUAUGGAAUUGCUACUAGCACCCAGCCCCUCUAGGUUUCAGUUUCCUUAUUUCUAAGUGAAGAUGAUGAUGUUGGCUAUGUCUUCUCCAUGGGGUUUUUAUGAGUAUCAAACAAGUUGAAAUACUCUUCUUGAUGUGAAUGCCUGUUCUCCUGUUCUUCUUUUGCAGAUUGCUUUACUUGCUCUGCUUCCCAGAGAUCCGCUUCUUUUCUUCUCUGCUUUCUUCUUUCUGCCCCUCUUCCUCCCCCUCCUCUUCUUCCUCCCAUUCUUACCCCUUUCUAGAGAUUCAUUUUCACUACUUUAUUCAGAAUAACAUCUAUAGCAAAGAUUUCUACUUCUUUCCCGUAUGACUUUUCUCCCCAGCUCCAAACCUCAUAUUUCUGAUUGCCUCAGGAUAGUUCCCUUUUGACAUACUUUCCUGUCUUUAGCUCAAUCUCAACACAUUGAAAACACAACUCAUUCACUUGAAAAACACUUAUUAAAAUCUCACUAUAUGCUAGGCAGUAUGUUAAGCAUGCAUAUUGCUCUCUCUAAAAAUCAGUUCUGUAGGAAUCCCUUUCCCCUCCUGAUGGUCUCAUCCUUAUCCUGGUCUCCCACUCAGGGAACCUCCUGAUUAUUCUGCUCUGUGCUUCCUCAGUUCACCCUUUGCUCUCUUUUCUUUUGCUUCACCUAGUCACAUCCUGUGUGCCUGACAGCCAGUCUGCUGUAAUUGUCUUAGAACUGAUCCUCUUGACUCCACACCACUGCUAGGUUGAACAUCUAAAAGUCCUGUGCUGAUCCUCUCAGUCCCCUGCUCAUCAACUCUCAAGGACAACCUAUUACCAAACACCUUUGACCUCAACCUCUGGAGUUCUCAGCCCAGGACUGGAAGUUAGGAGAUCUGUUCUUGCCUUGGCUCUGCCAUAAAUACACCCUGUAACCUUGGAUGUGUUGCAACAUCUGCAAGGAUAGGAAUUUGAUCACUGCUAAGGUUCCUUCAAACUUGAUCAGUUCGCUGUUCUGUCUUUUGAAUGUUAAUUCCCAUUCAUCUCCUAUAUUAAGACUUUGGCUAAGUCUUGUGAUUUCUUGCCUUAUUGGAGCUUUUCUUCUAAUCUGAAUUCUUGCUUCUCUCUCCUUUUCCUUUACACACCCACACAAGUCCUAACCUCUCCAGGAAGUGUUUUGAAAUUAUGUUACCUGGGUUUGAGUUCUUGGCAUUAGCCUGUAUCAUCUAUUUGGUAUUAUUAUACUAUUAUAGCUGUUUAAAAAAAUCUUUUAUUACUGUUUG